AUGGAGGUGAAGCUCUGGGCAGGUGAGCCGCACCAGGGAGCAUCUUUUGUGGCAUCUCUGGAAGAAGAGCGGGCAGCUCACCUGAUGGAGGAGCUGUGUGUCGCAGCCUUGGACAGCGAGAGCCACGAGAGCUACGGAGAGGGAGAUUGUGGCUGCCGGAGCAGUGCUGCUGAGCCCACGCGGAGCCAGCCACAGGCUGCAUUAGCCACCAGGCUGCUGUCGGCACAGCUCUGCUGCCAUUCGUGUGGCAUAGCCCUGACUUCGAGUGAGGGCUUCGGCGUAGCGGAGAGGAUCGUGCUGCUCACCUUCAUCUCCGCCGUGAUACUGAUGGCCAUCCUGGGGAACCUGCUGGUGAUGGUGGCCGUGUGCCGGGACAGGCAGCUCAGGAAAAUCAAGACCAAUUAUUUCAUUGUUUCCCUUGCCUUUGCGGACCUGCUGGUGUCAGUGCUGGUGAUGCCCUUUGGAGCCAUUGAGUUGGUUCAGGACAACUGGAUCUAUGGAGAGAUGUUCUGCCUGGUCCGAACGUCCCUCGAUGUCCUGCUCACCACAGCAUCAAUCCUGCACCUGUGCUGUAUCUCGCUGGACAGGUACUAUGCUAUCUGCUGCCAGCCUCUGGUUUACAGGAACAAGAUGACUCCGUUGCGCAUUGCUGUAAUGCUCGGAGGGUGCUGGGUAAUCCCGACGUUUAUUUCUUUCCUCCCUAUCAUGCAAGGCUGGAAUAGCAUUGGCAUCAUUGAUCUGAUUCAGCAAAGGCAGUUCAACAAGGCUUCCAACUCCACCUACUGCAUAUUCAUGGUCAACAAGCCAUACGCCAUUACCUGCUCCGUGGUGGCCUUCUACAUCCCCUUCCUCCUGAUGGUGCUGGCCUACUACCGCAUCUACGUCACGGCCCGGGAGCACGCCCGCCAGAUCCAGGGGCUGCCGCGCGCGGGGGCCCCCACCGACGGCCGGCAGCACCCCCAGGACCAGCACAGCACGCACCGCAUGAAGACUGAGACCAAAGCUGCCAAGACCCUGUGCAUCAUCAUGGGGUGCUUCUGCCUGUGCUGGGCCCCCUUCUUUAUCACAAACAUAGUGGACCCUUUCAUAAACUACACGGUGCCGGGGAAGCUGUGGACGGCUUUCUUGUGGCUGGGCUACAUCAAUUCAGGGUUGAACCCUUUCCUCUACGCCUUCCUGAACAAGUCUUUCAGACGUGCCUUCCUCAUCAUCCUGUGCUGUGGUGAUGAGCGAUACCGAAGGCCUUCCAUCUUGGGGCAGACGGUCCCCUGUUCCACCACCACAAUAAAUGGAUCAACUCAUGUACUAAGGUACACUGUUUUACGUAAUGGACAUCAUCAGGAACAUGAGAAGCUUCCCAUCCACAAUGACCCUGAAUCCCAGGAGUCCUGUUUCUAG